AUGGACGACGUGCCCCACGACCGCAUACUCCAAUUGAUGAGAUAUGUCGGCAACAUCGGCGGCCCUCCCGGUCGACGCCUUACUGCGAAAGACAUCCGCGAGGCUGUAACAACUUGGGCAGAAGGGAAGGACUCUCGCAUGAGUCCGUGGGGCAUUCAGUUCCAACAUCCCGACCCUAACACAGGAUUCGUGCCUCCUAUACCGUACCAAGACUCAUCCGUUAUUUGUGGCCGCUGGAUCAGGGACGUCGAGGUGCCAGAAGAAUUCUCUGGCCAUCCGGUCGAGUGUACAUGUCAUGGCAGGCCACCACCGAAAAUGACCUUUGCGGACACGCCAUCGUGGGUUCCAAGCGUCUUGCAAGCUUUUCAACAUGACGAGGUCACUGAUGCGUCUUUGGAAAUGGCAGAGAGCCUUCCAAAGACCACAUUACUGGAAUCCCCGUCCGGGAGCUGUCUAUUCAUGGAACUGCCGCCUGAAAUUCUGGAGUUGAUCCUAGAAUACCUGGUGCCGACUGGACAGACAUAUCAUUUCCUCCCAGCACGGAAUGGCAAGAACUCCGUCCAAGUGGUGCAGAAGUUCGUGCCGGACGGGAAACGUACUGGAACAGCAACUUCCAAACAUGCUCCACCGACAGCGCCGUUGAGCGCAAAUCAAUCGCCCGCCCCAAACUCGAUGCAAUCAAUACAGAUGUCCAAUCCGAAGCACCCAGCCACAGGCUCGACCUACAUGUCGCUGGCUGGGACUUGCAAGUAUUUCCAGGACAUCGUCUACUCGCGAUUAUUCUCGCAGAACGAUUUUGUGUUCAAUCUCACGCCGUACACGAUCCACAGCGCCAUUCGUUCGUGCGACUUCAAAAACUUCAGAUGCUGGACUCGGACGACGGCGCACUCACCCAAAGCACUAGGACCACUGACAGCUCGCGCUGCCAAGUACCUCAAACAUGUCACGCUCAUCGCAUCGCUCCCCUUCUCGCACAGCUCACUAGACAUCAAAGCCCUCACAGCACUUUUCAGCGAUACUGCAAGCACGCUCUUCGAAGCACAGCUGUCUCAUCUUGCGCUGGCUUUGAAUCUGGCUAAACCUGGGAGCAAUGACAAUCGCUUUGCCUUGCAAGCGCUGCCUGUCGAUCUGUUGCAAGCGGAAGUCAAGAAAGAUGGACUGUUGUCCCUAAAUAUCAGAGAACCAAAGGUGGACCCAGUCCGCGAGUCGAACAAGACACAGCGAGUAUUCGCUCCGUUGCUGCAGGGACCGAAAGGUGUGAAAGAGGUUAAGUUCAAUGGACCUUUGAGCGAGGGGUUUGUGGGCGAGUUGAAAAGCGCGCUGAUGGAAGAACAAGUGUAG